AUGCUGCUCAGUGACGAGCAUGCGGCGUUGCUGGCGAAGUACUACCGAACGGUCCAGCUCAGCGGGGAGCAGAAGGAUCUUCUUAUAGAGAAGUACUGGGAGGCCAAUAAGGAGGAGCGGAGCGAGAUUGCGCGCGCGUACUCCGCCCUUUUUGCGACCGACGCGACGUUUAUGCAGCGGCUGAUGGCGUACUACGACACGCACGUUGCCCCUUUAAAUCGGGGGAAGACAAGCGGUCGUCACAGCGGCGGAGGGGAGGUGGGGAGGGGUGAAGUGAACCCCCGCCUGAGUCCACCUCCUGCUGAUGACGAGGGCCAGCCGCCACCACCCCACCACCACCACCCACAGGGGCGACCAUCGCGGGCCACCAAGUCAGGGGGUGGGGCAACCCUUUCGCACGCACAGUUGUUGCUUCGCACAGCGAUUCAGGAUCAAUACCAGAAACUUACCGGAGACGGCCCGUUUUCGAUCUCUUUUGGGCUCGUGCAGACGGAGGAGGAACGCCGCGAGGCGGUUGAUUUGUAUUCAACGCAGUUUCAGUACCCGGACCCACCGGAGCUGCAGCGGUUAGUGAUCCUUCCGCAAUCCCACUCGACGCGUACGCGGCGAUGUGCAAAGGGGGGAUACACGUGGUAUAUUCGCUCGCACACAACCAAAGAGAUGGUCUGCGUGGCCACCAUAAAGGCCCACCACUACGACACUCACCGUUUUGUGGAGGUGCCGCUUUUUGCGACGGGUGUUGGGUACAAAAAAAAUGGUUUUGGACGGCUGUUGAAUGCUGCCCUCCAAAAGUGGUGUGCCGAAGCAGGAUUUGAGUUUAUGAUGAUUUCCGCCGAUGUGCAAGCCAUUCCCUUCUGGUCACAUCUGGGGUAUGCAACCAUGUCGAAGAGCGAGCUCACACGUAUUGCCUUUUAUUACGAGCACAACUGCUACAAGUUUAAGGGUGCUGAAGCAAUGAUUCGGUACUGUAAGAAACAACCCACGCACAGCGUGCAAGCUGCCCUUGAGCGAAUGUCAAAGAUCGUCGUUGUAGGUCCCCUCGCUCUACCGAACCCAUGA